AUGAAUUAUUCGAAGAUUUCGAAUCGAUCGUAUGCGAGUGAGAUGGUGUUAUGUGUUAAAAAGCCAGUCGACCAGGCUUCUGACAGUGAUGAUGAUUCGUCCGUCUGGUCGACAAAGAGAGACACCAACUCAUCUGACGACGACGAGAGUGCCACAAAGAUGGAACAACUUCGCCGUUAUUUCUUGAAAAAUGAGUUCUGCAAGGAGAAGAAUGACAAGAAGUAUCUUUCGAAACUUUUGGACAUUUCCGAUGAGAAGAAUCUUGGUCUCGGAAUUCAUGUCAAGAUCAGUUUCUGCAUCAUCUCGGAUCUCUUCGUUCUUAACGCCAACAUCAGUGAUUUUAUGGAGUACGAGACGUUCAUGAACACGUUGGCCACUGCUAAAAAGCUGCUGGUUCUCCUUAUUAGGACCGACCGCGACAAGUUAUCUGUCACUUAUUCCGAAGAAGAUGAGAAUCUAAAGGAUGAGAACGAGGAAUAUCGUGAAAGUAUUGGAUGGCGAAUCAGCGAAGAUAGAAGCUACUUCAGUAGGGGGAUUGUCACUCAAAUGAAUGCAUAA